GGAAAGGAAAUAUAAUGUAAAUAUAAGAAAUGAAAUAUGUUUUCCAUGUUCAUCCGCUAGCGCGAUUCAUGGAUUUGCCGAUCCUAUUCUGUCGAUCAUUUCGCAUGAACAACGAAAAACAAUAUUUCAUUUCUUAAUUAAAAUGUCUAAGUAUUUUUUUUAUUUAAUAAAUUUUGUAGAAACCGUCUGAAACAUUCAGUGUUAUUAACGUUGCAAUGCUCUUCUUUUCGAAAUGUUUGGCUAAUAAAUCGAAAAUUUGUAACAAAAUGCAACUUUGUCGGAAAACUAUUUAUUUGCAGUAAAAAUAUGGCAGCUGAAGUUUUCUUUAAAGAAAUAUGAAAAGUUUUUUUUUUCUCAUGUGUUGUACUUACUGAAAAUUCUGUGGACUCUAACAUUUUAUCUUAAAAUCUUUACAGAACAGAACAGAACAGAACAGAUAGUUUAUUAAGACUUGUACAUAGUACAUCAUCUAUAAUACAUAUUCUAUACAUAUAUAAUAUCAACGUGACAAUUAACAUGGCAUAAUGGAUCAUUUAUAUUUAGUAUUUUAUCCUUGAAUAUAAUUAUAUAUACAGUAGAAAAUAUGUGGAGAAUGAACAUAAGAUAUCAACGUUCGACAGUGAGAAUUGCAUUUCUGAUGGUUAGAGCUUCUUUUACAUAGCUAGAUAAUUGAAUAAGUUCGGUUUUGUUAUUUGAAUUAAUAUAAGGAGCUGUAUGAACUUAUACACCGAUGAACGUCUACAAUAUUCUACUUUUAAAUAUUUCUUUCUAAUAUUAGCGUAACAUUUACAUACACAAACAAAAUGGUAUUCGUCUUCAAUGUCUAAAUUGUUGCAACAUAAACAAUAUCUUUCCUCACGAGGAAUUUGAUUUCUACUAUAUCUACAAAAAAGGUAGUUGGCAAAUGAUUUACACAUGUCAUGAAUUAUUAUCAUUUUAGACCAAAUGGGUUGAUAAUGAACGUUACGAACAAGCAGCCAGCAGAAUAAAUGGCAUUUCAAUUUUCCAAGGCUAUUGUUCAUUAAUUUUCCCGACACUAUUGUCAGAAAACAGUUUGAUUUUGUAACUUUAUAUUUCUAUACAUUCUAGACUCCAAUGUAAAUUUGUUAUAGCAUCCAAUAAUUUUCGAUCCACGUUGACACAAAAUGCCAAUAUUGGUGAUAGAUGCUGCAUGACUGAUGCCGACACUAGACCGAUAAAUGGGCGGUUGGUAGUAAAACAAUUCUCACUCAAUUAUAUUGUAUUGGGUGAUAUCACUCGCUGACAUAAAGUCUCCUUUUUGUUAAAAAUAUAUUCAUGUUACACGCUGUAUUCUGAUGUCGUUGAUUUUUAUAUAUAAUCAGGAAACAGCCAUCAGAAACAAGCUACUGUCAAAAACUAUUGUGUUUUGUAAAAUCUGGUGAUUAAAGGUGUGUGAAAUGACAAGUGAAUAGUUCAAUGAUGUAAUGUUUAUUUAUGUUCAGUUAUAGAUCGAUAUGAAAUAAAAGUACAUUUCAAUUUUAAAUUUGACAUAAAAAUGUCCGUAAGAAAUCAGUACGCCAGGAAUUAUUAUAAAAUAACGCCGUUGCCUAUUUCGUCCAAUCAUAUUGCGAAUGCAAGAAACGCCGCACGGAGGAGGAUCAUGUACCGCCCUCCUGAUGAAGAAAGUUCUACUAGUGCUGCUGCUCCUACAAGUGUAACCCAUGGGGUCGAGAAAAAGUCUAACUUUUCUGACAUUAAAUCCAACCGGGAAACAGAAGAGAUGUUUGCAGCUAGAAAAUAUGACAAAAUGGCAAAAGGAAAUGAAGUUACAAUGUAUGGCAAACGAGAGUUAAACAAAUUAGUUUCUAAUUGUUCUCUUAACAAUGGAAAGGAUUCCUCUCUGAUCGAAAGCAGGCAUAAUAAGGCCAAAAGUAAAGAUAUCAAAGCGAACGUUUCAUCACAGCAGACACAAAAGUCAUCGAGCAAUGUUACACAAUCUCGACCCAUGUCAGCCAGGCCCGAUUCGAGAUGGGAGCGACGCGUGAAAGAUGAAUAUUUGGGCAUAAGUGACGAGGAAUCAGACACCAACAUAAAAUAUAUAACAUCUUUACCAGGCGGAAAAGAUUCAAGAAAAACUGACCUUUCUGAAUCCGAAGUAGUGUCAAAUUUGCAAUCUAGACCAAAAACGAGUCACGGACGUCAAAAAUCAAUGGAUAAUAAUGUGGAACAAAUAGAACGAAAAAAGAAAAGCCAUAAGAUAGAACACGAGAGACCUAAAUCUCGUAUUGGUGACAAGAGAGAAACAAAAUUGCAUUCCGAUGAAUCUACAGAUAUGCCAUUGAAUUUAAACAAAGACUCGAACCAACGCCAAGUCAGUGUAAGAAAUACCGAACCCGAUGAUGUUUUAAAUGACGUUGGUUAUCACGUUGGCAUCAGUACCUUUUAUCCAGACCUUGUUGACAAAAUCCACGGAAUUGAUGACAUAAAUUUGCAAAUUGAAGACAUUGAUCGUGAUGUAGACCCUGUUUUGUUCUUUAUGCAGGACACAUGUAAUAGCCGUGAGGGUAGUGCGAAGAAAAGAUCUUCCUUAUCAAAAGACGCAAUAAAUGUUAUCACAAAUGAGAAAAGUUCUCGCCAGACAAUUAAACCGGCAAUCGGUUUCCUAGGCAACAAUCAAAACAAACGCCAUUCAGCACCUGAAGUGAUUGAUCGUUUCCAUGGAAACAGAGUUUCAAGACUGCAAAAUUCAAUACCAGAAGGCAAUCAGCGUUAUUUUUAUAAUGGAAGACAAGAACGAAUUAAAAGUGAUUCGGGAGAAAACGCCUAUAAAUCACGAACUAAUGAAACGCAUAUUGACAAAUCAUUAUCUACUGGCUUAGUAAUAAAAAAAGACUCUGAAAUGGGUAAACAGUUUAGCAAUUACGACGGUGGCACAACACAAACUUACAACGUUACCACAAAUAGAAAACCCAGAAAGCUCAAACCGAUAGCGCCAUCAUGCAUAGAGGAAUGAGUCUGUGUGGCGCCUUUCGUGUGACAAAACCAUUUGGAAGAUUUUUUGUUUUUGGAUAUCAGUUUUGUAGAUUAUGCUAAUAUAUAAUGAUUUAUUUAAGAAAAUAAACAGUUUGAGUGCAUUUACUAUUUAGCAUUAAUUCUCCAGUAUAAAACGGAAUAGAUCUAGAUGCAUCGAAAUUAUUUACUCAACUGACGUUUUGUUAUCUUACCGCUUUGUUUCUCAACAGAACUGGAUCUUGGUACAUUGGCAACACAUAAAAAUUCGACAUCAUGUAUGCAAGAAUUCGACAUACAUGCAACUGAUAUCAUUAAUAUGAUUUCAAUAAGAACGUUUUUGCUUCGUCUGUGGACUGUGAUGACUGCACGAUUUAACAAUUGUGUUGUUUUUUUUUUUACAAAUUCAGAAUAUAAAUAUGUUGACUUUAAAAUUAAGUUUGAAAGUUAAAGAAAUGACUGAAUUGUGAAUUAGAGCGGCAAAUGUUACUCAUUCAUUUUAUUGUUUAUAAAUGUAAUUUGUAUUCAAAAUAUAUUUCAUUAAA